AUUUACUCCUCCUGUUUUAUUUUUGUUGAAUAAAUAAUCUCGUCACUGUAUUAAACCCUAUACCCUAAAUCUUGUUUGGAACCCCAACUCCAUCAAAUGGGAAGCAGCCAAGCCGCAGUCUCUUUCCUUACAAAUCUUGCACGCGCCGCCUUCGGUCUCGGCACCGCAGCCAGCGCUCUCAAUUCCUCUCUCUACACAGUAGACGGUGGCCAACGCGCCGUUCUCUUCGACCGUUUCCGUGGCAUCCUCGACGAAUCAAUCGGCGAAGGAACUCAUUUUCUCAUCCCAUGGGUUCAAAAACCAUACAUCUUCGACAUCCGAACUCGUCACCACACUUUCUCAUCUAACUCCGGCACCAAAGAUCUUCAAAUGGUUAACCUAACCCUCAGAGUCCUCUCUCGUCCUGAUACGACUAAACUCCCCGUCAUCAUUCAAAAUCUCGGUCUCGAAUAUGACGAUAAAGUCCUUCCUUCGAUCGGUAACGAGGUUCUGAAAGCCGUCGUCGCGCAAUUCAAUGCCGAUCAGCUCCUCACGGAGCGUCCGCAGGUUUCUGCCCUUGUCCGGGAUAGCCUUGUCCGACGUGCUAAGGAUUUCAACAUCCUUCUUGAUGACGUGGCGAUCACGCAUUUAUCUUAUGGUGCGGAAUUUUCGCGUGCUGUUGAGCAGAAGCAGGUGGCUCAACAAGAAGCUGAGAGGUCUAAAUUUGUUGUGAUGAAAGCUGAGCAGGAGCGUCGAGCCGCGAUUAUUCGUGCUGAGGGUGAGAGUGAUGCUGCUAAGUUGAUUUCUGAUGCUACUGCUGCUGCUGGUAUGGGGCUGAUUGAACUUAGGAGGAUUGAGGCUUCUAGGGAAGUUGCUGGGACUCUUGCGAAAUCGCCUAAUGUUUCUUAUCUUCCUGGUGGAAAUAACUUGCUCAUGGCUCUUAAUGCUCCCCGUUGAUUGUCGUUGGGCUCAAUGAUCUGGUUGGUGUAAUGGCAUAUGGUUGGAAUAGUCUUGAGGUUUUGCUGAAAGGAAGCUUUUCUUUUGUUUCUAAUGUAGACCCCAUCUCAUCUGAGCACAAUUUCAUAGAUUUUUAUUUUUUUAAAAGUAGAAAUACUUAUGGACCUUACAUUUAACGAUAAAUGGAUUUUUUUUUUAUAUAUCAUUGCUGAACUUAUAAGGUCGCAACUCGCAACACAUUAACCUCGUCCUCCAUAUUAUUAACAUUCUAAAUGUUCCCUGAAAAUACAAAACUCAAUUUAGUCA